AUGAUUCACUCGUUUGAAAAAGGGCUCUCCUCUCUUCUAGUAGCAUGGAUAUUGAUCCAUGCCAUCCUCAGCAGAUCGGCACCCUCACCAUCGCUUCCCUGGCUGCGAUAUGACUUGCACAAGGUCACGAGCCUUGGAGAUAAUGUGACAGUACUUCCCACGGAAACCGCUAUCCUGCCUCAGGAAGAUGUUUUCAGAGCAUCAUAUAACAGAAUCGAAUUCCUAAAAGCGUACUUCAGUCACAUACAAAGUCCACACAUUCAACAGCGGUUCAAGGCGGAGCUCCUGCACCCGAUCGAAGAGUUCCAGGCUCUUGUAACAACUGAAUACACCUUGUUAUUCAAAGACGCGUUUCCUCAUCGGGUCAACGAGGCUGCUGGGCUUCCGGAGCCACAGCGCGCACAAGCACGCGAAGGUGUAAACCGGCUCCUUCGGAAGCUGGACAUGUUGAAUGGGAAUAUCACCGCGUGGGCCUACCAAAAUGCCAAGGUUGACCUCCGGCAGGUAGAUGCUCGCGAGAACAUAUUGACGCAAGGCGAGGCGAUCUGGGCGCGUCGGUUCAGGAGCAUUAAGGAGGAUAUCGACGCUCUGCUGGAGCAAUUCUCAUACUAUGGACAACCUCUCCAGUACGUGGGGAGCCUGUGUCACGGCACUCGAGGACGUCAUAAGGGCAAAUCUGCCAUCAACAUGGACGAUUUCGAUGUCGACCUCUUUGUGGUACAUGCUGAGGAGUGGCGCAGGCACCUGCCAGUGAUACGAGACCGAUUCCCGGAGAAUUUCAGCAAUGGAAAAAUAUACCCAUUAGGAACGCAUAUGCAUGAGUUGCAGAACCUCAGCCACGCGGUAGGCCAUGCAUUGGCUGCGAAUCUUACAGGUAGGGUAGGAAAGUCUUGGAGAUUCAUUGAGAAUACCGAAAUCGUGUUACGCGAAAUAGACGCGUACUAG